UAUGUUGCCCCUUACUGUACAAAACGCUCUCGCGAAAAUGUUUUUAGACUCUACUGGAUCACGUCACGAUUUUUAAUUUGCCAGCUUUCUUUGGCCAGUUGCCAUUGGCCUGAAUCCACAGCAGCGGUGUCGACUGCUGAUUUAAACGUCACCAUAAAAAACAAAGAAAAAGCAUAGUUUAGUUUUUAAUAAGCGCGCCAUUAGCUCGCGUUGAAUAGUUAACAGUUAAUGAUUUGGUGAUUUAAAUAAAUUUUGCAGGUUUUUAAUGCAGUUCAACGCAAAUGGCCAAGACACCAAGGUAAACAACGAUUGGAGUGACUGAAUAAUUAUCGUACCUGUGGAUUCGCUAAUCUGCAUGUGCGUGCUGUAUAUUCUUCAGUGUCAUAUAACAUCAUAAUACUUUACUUUAAUUGUUGUUAGUUCUACAUUGUGUCCAAAUAAGGAUACGCUACCAGAAACUGUUGAUGAAGGUAGUGAUACGAUAUAGCGGAAUUUUCUUACAUUAGAUGGAGAAUGCCAAUGCUCCCCUAGAAAGGAUUUUCGUACCGAUAGCUUAGCGGGGCAGUAUCAUAGCAAGUGCUGACCUAGGUUAUCUUUGUGUUCACAUUCCCUACAUAAUUUGACAUGUGACAUUUUUCGCUAAUCUAAUAAUUUUGUUGUUGUUUGUAGCAAUAACGUCACUAAUGUUCCUUUAUUCUACGUUAUGGAAUAAGGUAUUUGUUUUCUGGAAAAUUACUAUACGCCUUAUACACACGAGGAAGCUUUGAGGUUACAAAUACAUCAUUCCACCUAGAAAAUUCCAUUGAACUUUGUACAUGCACGGAAAUAUUUGUGCAAAACAUCUAUUGAAAUGACCACGAUAAUGCAACCUUGUAUAAAUACUUGAUAAAGAUAUGCUUAUUUCCACCUACAAACAUGUAAAUGAUGUUAUUUUUAAAUGAUUCAAAUGACAAGUAAAAACAUAUCAUUCAAUGAAUUAAAAGUACUCAAUACUUUAUGCCAAAAUGGAACAAAUACUAAUAAUGAAACAGAAGAAAAAGAUGAAAACCUGAAAGAAUUGAUCUCCAGCUGUAUAUCUUUAAGCAAGUAUGAAAGUAGAAGUUUUAAGAGUUUGUGGCCACAGAUAGUGGCAGCAUUGAUAGCAGCAGCAUUCCACAUAGGGAAUGGAACCUCAAUGGCAUAUUCCGCAGUAUUAAUAGCACAACUGAAGGAACCAGGAAGCGAGAUAAAGACAACAGAUCAACAAAACUCAUGGAUUGCAAGUGUUCUCAUUAUAGCAGUAUUAUUUUCAUCCACGUUAAGUGGAAUUUUGAUGGAUAACUUGGGAAGACUAAAUACUAUUAAGCUAGCUUCCAUACCAGGAGUUUUGGGAUGGAGCAUCACUGCCUUAGCUAAUCAGGUCUCCUUAAUCAUCGUGGGAAGGAUAUUGGUUGGUGUUUCUGCAGCUUGGGGUACCAGUCCAGGCUUGGUAUACAUAUCAGAAAUAUCUAGUUCACAUAUAAGGAUGUCUUUGAUGGCCUUAGCACCGACAUAUGUUGCCUUUGGUAUGAUUCUAAUGUACCUAGGCGGUUAUUUGAUCCACUGGAGAAUGCUGGCUUGGAUAAGUACCAUUUUCAUGGUGACUCCAGCAAUUCUAUGUUGUUUCAUUCACGAGAGCCCUUCAUGGUUGAUUCUUAAAGGAAAUGUAAAACUUGCACAGAAAUCACUGGAAUGGCUUCACAAACAUCAACCUAAUCCUGCAGAUAAGAACGAAAGCUAUGCAGGACUACAACUGAAGUUACUACAACAAGAGCAAAAGAAAACUGAGGAGCAAUCUAAAAACCGUAAAGUAACUGGUGCUAGAGCUGUGAUAAAGGAGUUUAUGAAACCAACCGGUUACAAGCCAAUUUUGACAUUGUGUGGACUAUUUUUGUUCCAUCAUUUCUCAGGUCUUUACAUCACGAUGUUUUAUUCAAUCUCCUUUAUAGAGGAAGCUGGUACUAGCAUGAACGCAUAUAUCGCAUCGAUAUUAAUUGGAACUGUAAGACUGAUAAUGUCCAUAGCAGGAUUAUUUAUCCUGAAAAUGUUUAGACGAAGAACUCUCCUAAUGUUUAGUUGCCUAUUUAUGUCGCUAUGGAUGUUUGUUGCUGGACUGUACACCAGUUGGAUACAAGACGGCUCAUCCAAUGCAAAAUGGGUACCCGUAAUGUCUCUCCUGCUGUACGUGAUCUUCUCCACAGUCGGCUUCCUGAACAUCCCAGCCAUGCUCAUUGCUGAGCUGUUUCCGUUAGAGAUCAGGGGGAUCGGCUAUAGCAUCACCUACAGCUUCUACUGCCUCUUCAUGUUCACAGCCCUCCACAGCUACUACAAUCUUAGGAAUUUCUUUGGGGGUGCUACACAUCUGCAGUGGUUCUUUUCUGUUAUGUGCUUAGCAGGGUUGGUAUAUACUUACAUCUUCGUGCCGGAAACCAAGGGCAAGAAGCUAGAAAGCAUCACGGAAUAUUUCCGAAAGGGAUGUUUUUAUAUUGGAAGAGGCAUUGACGAUGAAGUUUGUGCUAACAGGAAUGUCACGAAAGUUGAGGUGUAAUAAUAAAAUUUAUAUGCUAUUUUGUAAAUAAAAUGUACUUUGUAAAUAUACUGUCCUUGUUCUCAUUAAACUGUUUUUUAAGUAUGGAAAUAUGUAGUAAAAUGUGGGUAAGCAAAAAAUAAUGAAGAUUCCUUGAGCAGCGGUUUCACUUCUCGAAGCAGAUCUUAGCAAAACAUUCAAACAUGAAGUUAAAAGUAGCUAACCGCCGAGGUAUUACUAUGUGUGGGUAUUAAGUAAAAAUCUUACAAAGAGCCGUAUCGUCAGUCGUUCCUACAAUUGUAGGACGCCUUUAUGGCCACCUUGAUUUUCAUAGUUUUCUACUCCUGUGUGUGAGCUCUCUAUUUUGAGGUUAUGUUACAAACAUUGAUUUGCAUCAAACUGUUAUGUAGCCUGAAAUUUCCUACAAUUCAAGGAGAAAACAUAGCCUGACAAUAGUAGAGCGCUGACGCUAGCACGGAACCGUAAGAAUCUAGAAAUAUCACAGCCGUUCUGAAGGAGAGAAAAUACUAUAAAAAUCAAGGAAGCCAUAGAGGUGUCCUAAUUGUAGGAACGACUGACGAUACGGCCCCUAAGGUCAAAAAAGUCUAAUGUCAAAUUGUUUACUAACCAAUGAGGCAGCCGCUAGUACACAUCUAGUACGUACCUGUGGCACAGUUGUGGUGUGUUAUAUUAUUAUACCCGAGAGGACAUGGAAGAGUGAACAACAACUAUUCGGGCAGAAAUUCGUCAAAACAUUUCUGCCAAAAGGGCUGCAAUUGAGCAAGCGAAAAUGUUUUGUCAUCCUGAAG